GAGACGGAGAGAGCGCUUUAGAGGCAGGACCGCUCGUGUUUGGAUAUGAAAGGGAAAAAUGUCGUUUCACACUUAUGAGAGUGACGGUUUAUGAUGAGCAGCAAGUUGUGCAGGGUCUCGUUGACAGAAGCGAAAACAACCACAGCAUCAACUUUGCGUGUGAUGCACGGCGUCUGCUCGCGCCGCUCCGGGACUCGGCAUCUGUUGUGAGCGCUCGCCAGCGCCGCAACCAGGAACUUUCGUAGGCUACUUUUCGUGGUUAGUAUUAUUGACUGCCAAUAAGGAAGAACGAGACGUCUUUAGGUGGCUUCAUAGAGGAGGCACGCGCGCUUCCCGGCACAUGUGUGCAGUAGCUAUCAAACUGUCCACUACAGGAUUUUAGAGCAUGGAAAUAUGGCUGAAUGGAUGGUAACUUUUUGGCCACUUUUUUCAAAAUCUGAAAAAAGUUUUUGAAAGCCACUGGAAGGAAGAAUGGAUCUGAAAAGCAAGCGGUAGGCUAUAACAUUUGGCGCACGAAAAGUGACAUUUAAAUGCGUGUAAGGAACCCAUUCAGUUUAAAUGAUCAACAUGGAAACAUUGAGUUUCUAUGAACUUCUCUCAUUCUCAAGAUAUAGAGCUCGAGAUGCUAGACGGAUCAGCACUGAAAAGUGCAUUCAAUGAGCUUUGACUUGACUGUUAAUAUCUUUGCAUAAUGAAUAAGAUUCACCCACACAUGAUCAUCAAAUUGCUAAAGAACAGAUAUCUUACUCUUAAAUAAAUCUGUAUAUUCAACGAACUUGUAUUUUCUCAUCGUUUACAUUGACAUUAUGGACAAGAACUGUAUUGCAUAUCAGAUGGAGUUGACUCUGUUGAUGGUCGUCCUCCUCUUUUGGGUCACCGUGUGUACGGAUGACAGUAAGAUCAUUUCAGAUCGGUAUGCUGUGUACUGGAACAGCACGAAUCCCAGAUUCUUGCAUGGUGAAUACACAGUGGAGGUGGCCAUCAACGACUACCUGGACAUUUACUGUCCGCACUAUGAGGAGCCCCUUUCUCAGGAGCGCAUGGAACGAUAUAUCCUUUACAUGGUCAACUAUGAUGGCUACACAACCUGCAACCACCACAUGAAAGGCUUCAAGCGCUGGGAGUGCAAUCGCCCGCUGAGUCCGAAUGGGCCUCUUAAGUUUUCAGAGAAGUUCCAGCUGUUCACACCUUUCUCCCUGGGCUUCGAGUUCCGACCAGGCCAUGAAUACUAUUACAUCUCCUCACCACACCCCAAUCUCGCUGGGAAGCCAUGUUUGAAAUUAAAGGUGUACGUCAAGCCUACAAAUGACUCUCUGUAUGAAUCUCCAGAGCCAUUCCUGACAGAUGACUCCAGUGGUGGUGGUUGUGAAUUAACGCCCAGCCUGUGGCUCAUGCUUCCAUUUCUUCUGCUUUUGUGUUCUUCAUAGCAUUAUAAUCCACUGACAUGACCUCCCAACAUGCCCCACCUCAUCCCACAUCAUGCCACAUUGGCGAUGCUCUUUACCCGCUCAUUGGACUGCUGAUACGGAUUUGUCACCACCCUAUUCAGCCCUGCAGGAUGUCCUCUAACCAACCCUGAUUCUUAAUAACAAUAUUCCCCGCCCAGCACAAAUAUGGGCGUACCUGCAUUGGCACGCUUACUCUACUGAAAAAGACAGAGCAUGUGAAGUGGCCAGCAUUUUUUUAAGUGUUCGACUUUCUUCAGACAUCCCACCUUCAUCCAUCUGUCAAGAGUCAGAUUCAAUCGACUGCUAUGUGAAGUCCACAAUUUCUCUGUGUUUACCACCAACCUGAGCCUUCUCUGACAUUUGAGCUCCAUUUUUCCUGAGUGCUUCUGCUUGUGUUCAUGUGUGUUUGUGCCCGUCUGUGCGUGGGUGCGCGUAUAUGCUUAUGUUCGCAUAUAAACUGAUGUACAGAGCAGUUACAGCCCUUACAAAAUUACUGGAAAAGAAUGUGUUCCAUUACUCUUUGAGAGAAGGAGAAAUAUAUAUCUGUGAAUCUGCCAAAGACACUACUUAAACUUUUUUUAAUAGGGGAAGAGAGGGGAAAAUUGGCUUUGGUAAGAGAUUACAUGUAAUCAUUGAACAUUACUGGCUUUUGGAAUCAGGGAAGGGAAGGUAAUGUGACAGACAACAGUGUAGAUUUUUCUAUUAUGAUCUUUUUGUCAAGAAUGUUGAGUAGAUUAAAAUAAAUAGUUUAAAAUUGCCUUUUUUCACUGGUGCUCAAUCCGAAAUAAGUUUGUCUGUAUCGAAGUUACAGUGCCAAGUGGAAGUGGGAUGUCUGUGUCAAUCAAGUGUUUGUGUUUUUCAGGUCGGCUUUCUAACUUUAGUCCCAGCCUGUCUCGCUCUCUUGUUCUCUUUGUAUCUGUCUCUCUCUCUGUCAUUUCUGAAUGUGGUCUUUUUCUAUGUGCUGACCCGUCACGCAUAGAUCUCACACACUUGCACUUAGUCCCUUUAUCUGUGCUGAGGAGGGUCGCUGAACCAGAGGCCUCAGGACCCUGAGCGCCUGGUCACUGUGACAUCACAGGCUUCGGCAUAAGGACUGGCGGACUGAGGCCUUGCACUGCAAAUAGAACGCUGCAUAACAAUAAAACAAAGACCAAGACUCCAAUGGAGGGAUUAAAAAAACCACAUAGCACUUCUGCUUUUGUGACAAUUUCAUGAAAAAAUAAAACAAUUAAAAGAGAGGAGAGACUAUAAAGAUGUGGGAAUAUUUGUACAUUGGAAUUGUUUUGUGACUGUGAAAAAAAUAUAUGUCACGAACAUUUCAAGGCAAGCCGGCAUGGAUCAUCUGCGAGAACGGAAACAGAAUAACUUUUUUUUAAAUGUUUGUUGGAACUUUUAUAUUUUACUUAUUCCCAUGUUAUUUUUAACUUUACUUUUCAAAAGAGCAGCAGAAAUUAUUCAUAUGUGAUAUGAAAUUAUAAUGUAGAACCUUGAAAUAUUAGAGCAACGAUGGUACCAGUUCUGCAGUUAAACGAGUCUAGACAAGUCAGAUGUUGCUGUUGUUGUUGUUGUUGUUGUUGUUUCCUGCUUGUAUCACAAUGCAUUCUGGUACAUGUAGUCCUGAUUUUUUUUUCUCCAAGUGUUACAAUGAGAUUAUUUUUAUUUGUUAAUCAUGUGGAAAAAACAUAUUUUCAGUUCCUAUAAAAUGUUUAAAUGCUUUUGCAAAGGAUGGGUAUGAGGAAAAAAGAAAAAAAAUUAAUAAAGCUUUUUGUUUACAGAGCAAUCUUUUCAUUUUGGGAAAGUGUGGGAUUAUUAG